AUGGCCGACUCUUUGACCGAAGAACAGGUUUCCGAGUACAAGGAAGCCUUCUCUCUGUUUGACAAGGAUGGCGAUGGCCAGAUCACCACCAAGGAACUCGGCACUGUGAUGCGCUCGCUUGGCCAGAACCCCUCCGAGUCUGAACUGCAGGACAUGAUCAACGAGGUUGACGCCGAUAACAAUGGCACCAUCGACUUCCCUGAGUUCCUCACAAUGAUGGCAAGAAAGAUGAAGGAUACCGACUCCGAGGAGGAAAUCCGGGAAGCCUUCAAGGUUUUCGAUCGCGAUAACAAUGGUUUCAUCUCCGCUGCGGAAUUGCGCCACGUCAUGACUUCCAUCGGUGAGAAGCUCACCGACGACGAAGUCGAUGAGAUGAUCCGCGAGGCGGACCAGGAUGGUGAUGGCCGAAUUGACUAUAACGAGUUCGUCCAACUCAUGAUGCAAAAAUAA